AUGGGGACUCCGGCAUUUCCAAAUCUCGGAAAACACUGCAGCGUCGAAGUUUGCCGGCAGAUCGAUUUCUUGCCCUUCACCUGCGAUUGUUGCCACCAGGUAUUUUGUCUAGAGCACCGGAGCUAUGGUAGUCACCAAUGUCCCAAAGCCGACAAGCAUGAUGUCACUGUUGUCAUCUGCCCCCUCUGUGCCAAAGGAGUUCGCUUAAUUCCUGAUGAAGAUCCAAAUAUCACUUGGGAAUCACAUGUAAAUAUUGAGUGUGAUCCAUCAAACUAUGAGAAAGCCACAAAGAAAAGGAAAUGUCCAGUACCCAGAUGCAGGGAACUCCUAACAUUUUCGAACACAGUCAAGUGUAGGGAUUGUAAUGUAGAUCAUUGUCUGAAACAUCGGUUCGGACCGGAGCACAAUUGUCCUGGGCCUAAGAAACCCGAAGCAGCUUUUCAGUUUAUGGGGUUUCUAAAUAGAAGUAGAAAGGAGGAGCCAAAGCAAACUGCCGUCUCAUCUUCAUCAAAAUGGGCUACAAGCUUUCUUAAAGCAGCUGAAGCUGGAAUGGCACGUUUGAGCAGUGAAUUCAACCAGGUGUUGGGCAGGGACGGAGAAGGGCAGAGCAGCAGCAGCAGCAGCAGCCGUGGUGGGAGUGCAAGUGGGCAAGUUGAACAGUGUCCACAGUGCAAUUUAAGAUUCUCAACAGUUGGGGCUCUGGUGGAUCACGUGGAGAAAGUCCACGAAAGGAAUGGUGUUAUGAAGGCAACCGUCGACGUAUGCCCCAAAUGUAGUAAAGGAUUUCGUGAUCCCGUGGCCCUCGUGGAGCAUGUUGAAAAGGAACAUGGGGAUGAGAAGAAGUCAAAUGGGAUGGCUCGUCUCUUGCAUGUGACUCUAUUAUUCUAUUUACCUCUCCGUCUCUCGAAAUCCAUAGAGUGGUUUGAGUUCAAAAUGGCAGUGAAGUAUAUUCUCUCUUCAAUCGUGGGAACAAUUGCAAUUGCAUAUGUAUGCGACAAUUUAAUUGCUGACCAGAAGAUCUUUGGAGGCACUACUCCAAAAACUAUCUCAAGUAAAGAAUGGUGGGUAGAGACUGACAAGAAGUUUCAGGCAUGGCCUCGUACUGCUGGUCCCCCGGUGGUCAUGAACCCUAUCAGCCGCCAAAAUUUCAUUGUCAAGUCCAGCCUUGAUCAAUGA